AAUUCUCACUACUACUCCUAACACCCCUCCCUCUCUCUUGAGAACAACCAUACCCUCAGCCGUCCUUGUUGAUCAAGGCUUUGCUUCUUCAUAAUCCGCCGAUCAAGCUCCUGGAGAGCUUCUUGAUCCGCCUUUCUUCACUACCACAUCUGCCGGUCAGAUCAGACUCUCAACCCCGUUUUGUUACAGUCGCCGGUCGACUAUUUACACCUUUCCCACGUCAAUUUAUAUAUACACUCGUCGCUAUGCCCGCGCAACGGAGACAAGCGACUCAUAGCGUCCGUCACCGCUCUUCUCCCAUUCUCGCCGACGAAGCUGCCUUUAAGACAAGAUCACAGCCGUUACUCGCACCAGUACUGGCACAGAGCUACGGCUACGUCCCACCCAUGCAACAGUUCAUCGACCUGACUGGCGACUCACCAUACGUUGCUCAGGACGGCUUUUCACUUGAUCCGCGUUACCUGGCGCAGGGUGGACCUUUACAGGUGGAGACCUAUCUGAAUGAAGAAGACCUUUUGGCGAGUGCGCCAGUCUCCAAUGGUCUCCUCGCUCCGGAGAUCCCUGCCGCUGUACCUGCUCAACACUCCAUGUACUUGGCGCCAUCACCGUACAUGGACGAAGCUCAGUUUCUAUCAACACCAGCUUACGUUCAGAAUCAGCUAUUCAUGGAUUCUAUGCUUAACAUGGCGGAGGUUCCAUACGGGUCGCUCUACCCGACUUUUGAGCCUAAAGUUCCUAUCCAAAUCUACACAGCUCCGCCAAUGUCGAACGUUCUUAGCCAGUAUUCCAACAUCGACUCGAAUGAUAUCGCUAACUCUGACGCUUACGACUCUACUGCUUACUACUCUUCUGGUUCGAGCAUCUACUCGCCUUCGUUCCCACCCUCGGACACCGACCUUUUCAGUGGUACCGAGCAGACACCGAGUCCCGAAAUGAUGACCACCGCAGCUUUCAUGACACCUAACCCGUACACUUCGGCGCCAUCAGGGGCAUUCUUGGAUUUGACCACUAUGUGUCAGAACACUCCCGGUCUUCGGCCUAGCCCGGUUUCCGCUGCUUUCCCUGCGAUCGCCAACCCACGCAUGCUUCCUUCAGCGCCUACCAGUGACGAGGAGGAUCACUGCCGUUCCUCUCCAGAGCUGCACGCUAAACCUUUCGGCGGCCAGCAAAUUCGCUUCAUGCCUAACCUUGAGGGGCCUCCUGUCAAGGUUUCCCGCAAGUCUUGCACUCCUGCUCCCAGAUCCUCCACACCUAGCUGCAACCGCUCUCCCAGUCGUACACCGCAUAUCUCUUCCCGCCCUUCCCACGUCCAUCCGGAGACUAUCGCUUCUUACAUCCAAGGUCCCGAAGAAGACGGCAAGUACGUCUGUCUGUACGACAACUGUAUGAAGCGAUUCGGUCGCAAGUACAACAUCCAAUCGCACAUCCAGACUCACUUGUCUGACCGCCCUUAUCGCUGUGAGAUUUGCCGCGCUGGAUUCGUUCGUCGCCAUGAUCUCCGCCGUCACGCGCGUAUCCACGAGGGUGAGAAGCCAUACAUGUGCGCUUGCUCGAAGGGAUUCGCAAGGAUGGAUGCGCUCACAAGACACAGACAGCGCGGCAUCUGUGUCGGAGCUUUCACAACGGAAGAGGACGAUAUAAGGAAAAGACGAGGAAGAAGUGCUACGGCUUGCCCCGAGGGGAUCAAGGAGGAGGACUACCGGUCAUCCCUCUCGCCUUCUCCCGAGCCGAUGCCGUGA